AUGAGGCCGCGAGACUCGUGGGGUUGCAUACCCGCCCUCAAGGUCGGCGACCGCGAAGUAACCGAAAACCAGGAGAAGGCUCAGGCCUUCAUGGACUCGUUCUUCCCCACUAUGGCGCCUGCUCAAAGGGAACAUCUCGCACAGCCCCCAGCCGAACUUCCAUGGCAACCGAUCUCAGAGGCCGAAGUCUACCGAUCUCUGAAGGCGGCAAAAGCCUCGACAGCGCCAGGCGAAGACGGGCUGCCGAUGCUGAUCUGGAAACGCCUGUGGAGGCACCUUGGUAACCUCAUCACUCGGAUCUUUGCGGCGUCAAUCGACCUAGGAUACCACCCCCAAAGGUGGAGGAGUGCCCGGAUUGUGGUGCUGCGGAAGCCCGGGAAACCAGAUUACUCCCUCCCGGGAGCAUAUCGCCCGAUUUCAUUACUCAACACGCUCAGCAAGCUGCUGGAGGCAGUUGUGGCCCGGCGGCUGUCCUACUACGCGGAGCAUUACGGACUUCUCCCGGACACUCAGUUCGGGGGACGCCCGGGACGCACCACCGAGCAGGCCCUGCUGUUGUUAGCCAACGCAAUCGACCGAGCGUGGUAUGGAGGACGAGUGGUCAGCCUGGUGGCCUUCGACUUGAAGGGAGCCUUCAAUGGGGUAAAUAAGAUAAGCCUAGACGCUCGUCUCCAAUCUAAGGGCAUUCCCGCGGUUGCUCGAAGAUGGAUUGCAAGCUUCAUGAGCGGACGGCAGGCAAACAUUGGGUUCGAUGACUACCUCUCUGAAGUUGCAGCGCUAGACAAUGCCGGGCUAGCACAAGGCUCCCCAUUGUCGCCCAUCCUCUUUGCGUUCUUCAACUGCGACCUGGUCGACCAACCCGUCGAUUUCCACGGCGGCGCAUCGGCCUUCAUCGACGACUACUUUCGUUGGCGGGUCGGCUGGUCCGCCGAAGAGAACUUGGCUAAAAUCCAAUCCGAAGACAUACCGCGGAUUGAAGCAUGGGCCCAGAAGACUGGGUCCAGCUUCGCAGCAGAGAAGACCGAGCUUAUCCACAUCACCAGAAAGAGAAGUGAACAGUGCCAAGGCCAGAUCCUCAUGAACGGCAAUACCAUUACACCGUCGACAACCGCCAAACUCCUAGGCGUGAUCUUUGACCACGAACUACGAUGGAAAGAACACGUGCAGCAGGUGGUCAAGCGAGCCACCAAGGUCAACAUAGCACUUGGGGGGCUGCGACAGCUCCGCCCAGAGCAGAUGCGCCAGCUAUAUGAGGCGUGUGUCGUACCGGUCAUUGACUACGCGUCAACGGUCUGGCACGAUCCACUCCGAGAUAAGACCCAUCUGCGACAGCUACGCACCGUUCAACGAACAGCACUCAUCCGAGUUCUCUCUGCCUUUCGGACAGUGGCCACAUCCACACUCGAAGUUGAAGCGCAUGUCCUCCCAACCCAUCUUCGUCUCUGCCACCACGGACAAAACACCAUCACCAGACUCCACACCCUACCACAGAAACACCCUAUAUGGGAUACCUUGCUUCGGGCCCAACGGCGACGAAAUAACGUUCGGACGCGUGCCCGGUUCCCGCUCGCAGAGACCUUGAAAACAAUGAGCCCAGAGAGACUUCAUGAACUAGAAAUGAUCGACCCCACUCCACUGCCACCGUGGCGGACAGAACCCUUUUCGAAGAUCGAGAUUGAACCAGAUAGGGAGAUUGCGAUGGAACGGGCGGAGCAAGCACGGUCCAACUCGGACAUUGUCAUAUACUCCGAUACAUCAGGACGCCAAGGUCACCUAGGCGCUGCGGCCGUGGCGCUCGACGACUCGCUAGAAACGACUGAGAAAAUACAGAUACAGGUCGGACCCAUGGAAGGAUGGUCUGUGCAUGCCGCCGAACUGAUCGGAAUCCUGUACGCCAUCAACGCCAUCAACAAGAUCGCUCUCCAACGCCGGAGAUCAACCGAUGCGCGGGUGUCUGGCGUAUUAUAA